CUUGGCCAAAUGCUCACUACAAGGCAACCAAGCUGAAGGUGGGCGUCUUAGAACCACAGACCGCAGUCAACCACGGAGCAGUGGGACAUCCCACGCACGGUAGCCGAAGCCGAAUCCGUUACCACCGACAUACCUACCUUACAUACCUUCCAUCUACCCUACGUACAACCCCUUGCUUGUCUUUGCCAUAGCACAUACUACCACACCACCCUCCAUAUUUCGUCUUUUAUCAUCACCACUGGCUGGGUUGCUACCGACGUGAAACCCCCCAGAGUCUGUCGCCCGAGGCGAGCGCGAUCACAUUCGACUUGCAAACUGCAAUGUCAGCACCAAACAACCCCGAAGCCCGCCAUCUGCGAUCCGGAAGCCUCACCAUACCAUCUACGCAAGGAGGACGGGGGAAUGGCGCCAUGAGCAACAACAACAACAACAACAACAACAACAACAAUAUGCCAGGAAAUCAGCGGUUCGAUGGGCCGAGAAGCCCUCCGAAUACUGCACACGUUCCGUGCAAGUUCUUCAGGCAAGGCGCAUGCCAGGCCGGAAACGCAUGCCCGUUCAGCCAUGACCUCAGCAAUGCGACGGAGAACGUCUGUAAAUACUUUGCAAAGGUAAUUAUUAUCCCGGAACCCCGGCUUUUGAGCGCUGCGCUUGCGAUAUGGGCCCGAGGCAUGUUUGACAACGACAUGGAGGCUGAUCCGUGGAACAUUGCACAGGGCAAUUGCAAAUUUGGACCGAAAUGCGCCAACAUACACGUCCUACCUGACGGCCGACGCAUCAACUAUGGAAAGAACGGUGUCACGAUAGCUGCCGCUCCGAUAAACCUUGGAAGCCGAGUCAACCCACCUACGUACCCGCACACCUCCAACAGCGCCCUGACGAAUUCAUUUAUGCGAAACCCCGAUGGUUAUGGCGGGCCGAAUCCCUAUUUGGCGCCAGAAGAUCAGUAUGGCGGGCAUCAACUGGGUCGUCAACCAAGCAUGGAAAACGGUGUGCCCACGAUCGACACUACCUACUCUUCAAACCCCGCCUCGAUGUAUGGCUCGCCCAGAGACGAUGACCUCAGCAGAUUCGGAAUGGGCUUGUCUCCUGUCGCAUACAAGGGCCUAUCAGUUCUGGAUGCACCUUUGCCAGCCUCGUUCGACUCAAAUGGCAUCUCGCAUGCGGCUCGCUAUGGUCCCUGGCCUUCAUCGAUGCCUUCCAAGUUUGGCCUCGAAUCUGCAUCAGCAUCUUUAAACACUCCCAAGGAUCCUCGUACAUCUGAGACGCUCAAACUUUUGCACACCUCGGCUUUUGGAAGUAGUGAUCACUUGUCGGCUGCAUCCCACGAGUCCGCUGUCGCUACAGGCAACAGUCCACCUGUUGGUGAUGAAGAAUACUUUGGCAAGCGCACUAUGCACUCCUCGUCGCGCUUCACCAAGCCAAGGAUGCUGAGUGCAAGCGCACCAAAGGGCGAUCGAGACGACUGGGACCCUGGUUUCAUGUUCUUCGAGGAGGACUACAUCCCGAGCACUCUGGCCAAUGAUGUUUUGACCCCUCAGGAGAAGGCUCGUCGUGGCUCCGUGCGCCUUACGGAUGACCCUUCCACGUCUUCCGGCCUUAUAGGCAACGGGAGUGAUGCGUCGUCAUUGCCCAAGUUUGGAAGCCUGGGAGCCAGUCCAAGCAGAUGGGGCCCCUUGUUCCAGAGAUAUCGCUCCGAGGAGGACAGCGAUCCCAAUCACCAUGGCCACCGUAUGAUCCCGGGGAAGUCCAUGAAGAAUGUCGCCUCUGUCUUUGGCCAUGUUGGCAGUCCUCUUCGCAAUUCUAGUCUGGCCAUCGAUGCAGAGAUGGAUAGCCUCGCCAACGGCAACGGAUCCCCAAGCAAUCGAUCACGGAGCGAGUCACUCACCGCACUCACCCAGCAGCUACAGAGCACAAAGAUUGGCGACAUUAAUAACAGUUCGAGUCCUCGUCUGCACCCCAACUCAGCCAGGGGUAUCAACGGCACUGGUCUGGGCUCCUCCAGCUUGUUGGGCAGUAGGGACAGAGACUUUGACCCGCGCGGCUCAACGCAGCGGAAUGUCAGCAGUGGCUCGAUCAGCUCAUCAGGCAGGUUUACCACGCCGAUUGAUGAGGAGGACUCGGCCUUUGUGUUCAGUAUGGAGGAAGAAGACGACGCAGCUGCGGCUCAAAGCCACAUGCGCACCAAAAAGCGAGCAUCAGGUGGACUUGGAGCUACUGGCUGGAGCUAUGCUGGCGUCGCUGCAGGUAACGCCAAAAACGGGUUAUCUAACGGCAGCAAGGGACGAGAUGGCCUUGGAGUCAGUGGUCGAUGA